AAAAUCUUUUGUUGUAAAAAAAAGUAUACAAAUAAUAAAAAUCUUAAUCCAAAAUUCGAAAUGAGUUCACAAUUCAAAACUGUAACUAUUGCUGGAGGCACGGGUACUUUAGGUUAUCAUAUUGUUGAGGCCUUUUUGAACGAUGGAUCUUAUAAUGUGAAGGUUCUUCGAAGGAAACCUAAAACCGAAAAUGAGAAAGCUAAAUUAUUAGCUUCUAAGGGCGCAGAAAUUAUAUAUGCAGAUUACGAUCAAAAAGAUGAACUAGUUGAAGUUCUUAAAGGGACAGACGUCGUAAUCAGUGUUUUAAGUUAUAAAAAUACGAAUCUUUACGAAAGUCAGGUUCCAUUGUUGGUUGCUGCCAAAGAAGCCUCUGUGAAGAGGUUCAUCCCAUCCGAAUUUGGUAGCGAGUUUAAAGUCGGAGUUCAUCCAACUCCAGACAAUAAAAUCAAAUUUGAAGAAGAAUUAAUAAAUAGUGGACUUGAAUACACGAUUAUCUUUAAUGGAUUAUUCCAAGAAUACCUUAGCUUUAUUGGAUUUGAUGCCAAGAAUAAAAAAGCUACGUUCUACGCGGAUGGCAAUAAAAAGUUACAUACUACUUCUUUGUCUGAUGUUGGCAAAUAUACCGUAGAGACGCUUAAAAUGCCGGAAGCUCGUAAUGCUGUUAUUAAAGUAGCUGGGGCUACCUUGUCAUUAAAUGAGUACCUUCAAAAGUUUGAAGAAGUUUCUGGCUCAAAAUGGGAAGUUGUUGUAGAUGAAGAAGUAAAACAUAGAUACAAAAACAAGGUCGAACCAAUUCCUUCUCCUGAAGAAAAUUUCAAGGCCACCCUUGUGCAAAACGAACAAUAUAAAGAUUUAGAUAAUGAUAAAUUUAGUUUUACUCCUCGUCCAGUGACCGAAGUUAUCGAAAAAAUCGUGAAACAGGAUGCAUAAUUUUUUUAGAAAUUUCACGACGACAUGCUUUCUAUUUUAAUUAAAUUAUUAUUUUUUGUAUCGUCAGAAUUAACGUGCGUUAUUUGUAUCCAAAAUUCUACCUGAACCUAUUUUUUUUUUUUUUUU